AGCCAAUCAAACACAGAGUAAUCGCUCCUCUACUGUUCAUUCUGCCACAGAGAAGAGCUGCUGCCAUAUCCUGUUGAAUGCUGCUAAAAUGAGCUUCAAUUCCAUGUUCUGUUGGGACUCUGGGCCGAAGACAAAAUGUACUAGUUGGACGUGAAGGGGCAGCGUGUCGGCGACCUGGUCCAGUUGUAUUGAUCGGAGGAUGAAGCGGGUCUUCUGGCUCAUAACAGGAAUAAACAGAAGAAUUAUGAAGCUCCUUUUUGCUCUCGCCUUGAUCGCCUACAUUGCCUCUGUCUGGGGGACAUACACAAACAUGAGAUCAAUACAAGAAAAUGGAGAAGUCAAGAUUGAGCAGCGAAUCGAAGAAGUUGUGGGUCCUCUGAGAGACAAGAUACGUGAUCUGGAACAGAGUUUUUCUCAGAAAUAUCCUCCAGUGAAGUUCUUGUCGGAAAAAGAUCGAAAACGGAUUUUGAUCACUGGUGGCGCUGGAUUUGUUGGGUCACACCUGACUGACAAACUGAUGAUGGACGGACAUGAGGUGACUGUCGUGGACAACUUCUUCACAGGCAGAAAACGCAAUGUGGAGCACUGGAUCGGCCACGAAAACUUUGAACUGAUCAAUCAUGAUGUGGUGGAACCUCUUUAUAUUGAAGUGGACCAGAUCUAUCACUUGGCCUCUCCUGCAUCACCUCCUAACUACAUGUACAACCCCAUUAAAACACUCAAGACAAACACAAUUGGCACCCUGAACAUGCUCGGUUUAGCAAAACGUGUUGGUGCAAGGCUCCUCCUCGCUUCCACCUCUGAGGUGUACGGUGACCCAGAGGUUCAUCCCCAGAAUGAAGAAUACUGGGGUCACGUGAACCCCAUUGGCCCUCGGGCUUGCUAUGACGAGGGGAAGCGCGUCGCAGAGACUAUGUGCUAUGCAUACAUGAAGCAGGAGGGAGUGGAGGUGAGGGUGGCCAGGAUUUUCAACACUUUUGGCUCUCGAAUGCACAUGAACGAUGGGCGCGUGGUCAGCAACUUCAUCCUGCAGGCUUUACAGGGAGAACCACUCACUGUGUAUGGUACUGGCUCACAAACAAGAGCUUUCCAGUAUGUAAGUGAUCUGGUGAAUGGGCUGGUGCUGUUGAUGAACAGUAACAUCAGUAGCCCUGUCAAUCUGGGCAACCCAGAGGAGCACACUAUAUUGGAGUUUGCUCAGCUUAUCAAAAGCCUUGUCGUGAGUCGCAGUCAGAUCCAGUUUCUUCCGGAGGCUCAGGACGACCCACAAAGGCGAAGACCUGAUAUCCGCAAAGCCAAGAUGCUGCUAGGCUGGGAACCCGUGGUGCCGCUGGAGGAAGGCCUGAAUAAAACCAUUCAGUAUUUCAACCGAGAAUUGGAGCACCAGGCCAACAAUCAGUACAUCCCCAAACCUAAAGCUGCACGCAUGAAGAAAGGUCGGCCGCGACACAACUGACUCUAACCAUCUGUAAACAGGGAUGGUUCUGAGCACAAGAAUCUCUGUGAGACAGCUGUGAAGGAGCAGUGCAGGGUCCUGUUUACAAAAAAACAAAACAAUGACUCUGGCAGCACUGCAGCUCCAUCACUGAGGCUGGAAGGAUUGAGACUUAAUAAGAAGAAUAAACCCAAUCAAGCAGCUUUUUUGUGCUUUUGCUAUUUAAAAAAAAGACACUGUACUACUGCGAAGUGAUCCAAAAGACUGUCAAAGAAUCAAGUGGAUGGAUUUAGUUUCAAGUGAAUGAGAUGUUUGAUAUUUUAUGAAACUAUUUAAUGUUUUGUAAUAUAGGGCAAAAGUGAUACCUGUAAAACAUACUUGUAACUGUAGGUAAAAAAGAAGACUCAGUGGUACAAAUACACAUUUGUUUAUUUACAUUUCUGGUGUUUACUUAGUGCCACUACUAUAAGUCAGAAUGUUGUUUGUUUGGGCUGUUUGCGCUGUGGGGUUGGAGGUGAUGGGAGGUGCAGAGUUGCUCUUGUGGCUUUGCUUCUCAAUAGUAGUCAUAGUUGACGUUGGCCCCGUGUCUGUAGGAGGUGUGGUCACGAGGGCCCACAGGGGAGUUCUCGUCAUAAUGGUGCUGUCGGCCCUGGUCAUGUGACCGAGCCUGGUCCAUCCAAUAGGACAGGUCUGCCUCUAGCCUCUGGUGAGGAAAAGACCAGAGUCAGUGGAUACUGUGAGUCUGAAGAUAAGAUCAGAUGGAGGAUGUGGUGCACAUGCUGUGAGACAGGGAAACACGGAACAUGCCUUCGCUCCAGAUGGCUUUAGGUCUGUGGCUAAAAAAGCAGCAGAGCCUGUAUCCUGAGUAUGGAGCUGAUAGAGAAAUGUUCACUGUACACACAUGCAUGUCCUUGGACAAGGCUCUUCAAUUCCUCUUGUUAUCUGCUCUUUUCAUGGUUUGUCAUCUCUGCUGAAAGUGCCCUCUGACCCAGAGGAAGCGGAGGGCUUUGUAUUAAAGGGAAGUGACAUAUAGUGUUCCCUUUUGUAUUUAUUCAUUCAAUCUGUGCCUUUUAGAGAUUAUGUACUAUGUAGACAUUUGUCAAGAAUUUUCUGCCUACCAGAAAUAUAAGUUCCUAAAACAUGA